AUGUUCUUCAGGGUGCUACAUAAGUCGGUAGCCGAUGGGGUAGCAGCAAGAAUUGGGCGCUUGGCCGUCCCCCAAAGGAAGCUGGUCGAUACGCCCAACUACAUGGCAAUCAGCUCCAGAGGAACUAUCCCUCAUCUCACACCAGAUGUUAUUGCCAAAUACACAAACAUCAGCGGUGCCUACAUGGCACUGGAAGAUUUCAUAGAGAACUCCCCGAAGCGAAUCACGCCAGCCAUCUACAAGACCCCACAAGAUCAUGGAUCAAGGCCGCUUCAUGCCUACACGGCGACACCUCCGUCCGUUGCCACCAUUCUUGGGGCCCGGCGUCACCCGGCUGUGGUAUCUCCCCAGGGAAACGGGCACAAUUCCGUCUCCGUCUUCACCUCAACAGGUUUCAAACCUCUGGAACAACAAGACUACUGUGAUGCUGUCGCCACCAUCAAACCCGAUAUCGUCAUUCCGCUCGCCGACUUGACCUUCAAACCCGGCAUGCCCAACGUCAAGCGGCAGCUUCGCAUGGCAGAGCGAACAGAAGUCUGGAUGAACGCAUUCUUCGAGAAUCUGGAUGUGGACGAGACCCUGAAGCCUUCGGGUAUUCAUGUUUUUGCGCCGCUGCUUCCAGUCUCUUAUCCCAUCCAGUGGGAAUACAUAAAGCGCCUGUCAGAAGACCACGCCGAUCUCCUAUCAGGUCUCGCCGUUUACGACGCUGAUGUUCUUGCCGAUCUUGGCGAACAUGUUGAGCUCACAUCUCUCCCACGACUGUCUCUUGAUAUCCCUCCGUCGCCGCAUCACGUCCUCCGCCAAGUUCGUCAAGGUGUUGAUAUCUUUACCAUCCCAUUCAUCCACGGCAUAUCCGAUGCUGGAAUCGCUCUGACAUUCUCGUUCCCUCCACCGGUGAUGUCCAGCGACGAACUUCAGCCAUUGGGCGCCGACAUGUGGUCGCGGGUCCAUCAGACGUCUCUGGGGCCACUCCUGGAAGGCUGCGAUUGCUACUCUUGCUCCAAACAUCACCGCGCCUACCUCCAACAUUUGCUGAAUGCUAAGGAGAUGCUUGGAUGGGUUCUCCUACAGAUCCACAACCACCGCGUCAUGGAUAAAUUCUUCGAGAGUAUUCGCGCCGCCAUUGCAGACGGCUCCUUCGAAGAAAAGUCUAAGCGCUUCAGUGAAAUAUACCAGGCGGGUCUUCCUUUAGGUACCGGCGCACGACCACGCGCUCGGGGUUACCAUUUCAAAGCCGAGGUAAAUCGGCCCAAGAUCAAUCCUAGCGCAUGGGGAAAAUUCGAGACCGAUCAGGCCGUGGACAAAACCCUCGUAGCGGAAGCAGCGGGACUGGCUGUGACGGGACCGGCGGGAGAAGGGGCAGAGACACCACUUGUUCCUGAAUCCAACGCCGAUGCUCUGCAAGAUUCUGGAUUUGCUAACGUGGAUGAGAAGAGUUGA